AUGCUCUCAGAGCGCUCCAGACACGGCCGCGGUGCGCGAUACAUCCUCCAGAAUCGCUGCAUCUCGGAGAUCCCCGACGAUCUGCCGUUCCCGUCCGACGUUGUCCCGGCCCUGGCCUGGCUUCGUAGUUUGCUUGGCCUCGUGCCAGGUCUGGCUGGGCAGUUCUACCAGCGCGCGCUUCCCUCGAAGCAGAUCGCCUUCGGCUCCCCGGAGGGCCGGAGGCUCUUCCGCGAGGCCCUUGCCGCCGGCAACAUGGAGAACUACUUCUUCCUGGCGGAGCAGUUCCGCACCCAGGACGACCCCGCGUUCUGUGGGCUGGCGACCCUGGCGAUGGUGCUCAACUCCCUGCGCAUCGACCCCAUGCGCACCUGGAAGGGCGCGUGGCGGUGGUUCAACGAGCUGAACCUCGGCUGCUGCUCGAGCCCGAGCAGGGUGCGCGAGGAAGGCCUCAGCUUCGACAUGUUCGGCCGCCUGGCCAGCUGCAACGGCGCCGGGGUCACGGCCAGGCGCGCGCCCGCCGCGGCAGAGGGCCCGCGCUCGCGCCGGAGCUUCGAGGAGGAGUUCCGGGCGACCGUGCGCGCGACCAGCCGCAGCGGCGAGCGCGAGUGCCUCGUGGUCUGCUACGCCCGCGAGGCGCUGGGGCAGACGGGCGUGGGCCACUUCUCCCCGAUCGGCGGGUACCACGCGGAGACCGACCGCGUGCUCAUACUGGACGUGGCCAGCUUCAAGUACCCCACGCACUGGGCCGCCCUGUCGGAGGUGGCGGAGGGCAUGCUCCGCGUGGACCAGCAGACGGGACGCCCUCGGGGCUACCUGCAGCUGCGCGCCCAGCCCGAGGGGGACGGCGAGGGCCUGCGGCAGCAGCCGCUCCGCGUCGCCUCGGUGCCCAGGGCCGCCGGCCGCUCGCUGACCCGCGCGCUGGCCGCGGCCCUGGGCGGCGAGCCCGCGGGCGCCGCCGGCGCGCCGCCCUCCGCCGCGCUUCCGGCGGCGCGGGCCCAGGGGCUCGGCGGCGCGCUUGGCCUGAGCGCCGCGGAGGCCGAGGGCGCCGUGGGCCGCUGGCUGCGCGCGGCCGCGGCGGCGGAGCCGCAGGUGCUGCGCCGGCUGCUGCAGGCCGGCGACGGGGCGCAGCUGCGGGAGGUGAUGGGCCGCCUGUGGGCGGCGCCCGCCUUUGCGCAGCUCUGCCACGCCUACGGGCGCCUGACACGCGCCGGCGCCUCGCAGGGGCACGACGGCCCCCCCGCGGCCCUGCGCGGGUUCCCCCCGCUGCUCUUCGGCCCCGGCGGGGGCGCGGCGGCCCCGGCCGCGGCAGGUGCGGCGGCCAGCGGCGGCCUGGGCAGCUGCGGCGAGCUGUGGGUGCUGCUGCUGGUGUUGCUGCCGGAGCACCUGCGCCGGCGGGUGUCGCCAGCGCUCGGCGGAGGCGAUCCAGGGCGCGCCCUGAUCCAGGAGGUGCGCGGGCCCUGGGCGCUGCCUCUGGAGUGCGUCCGCGAGGCGCUGGCCCACGCGCUGCCGCCGCCAGCGCGCGCCGGCGCGGGCGCGUGCGGGCUCCCCGGCGGCUGCGGCUGCGCGAGCGGCCGCCAGUAG